GGCUCCACCCUCCUCGCGCUCGUCUCCGUGGUAACCAUAAGAGACACAGCCCCGCCCCUCUGUUUACUAAUACGGAGGCGCCCAAUCAGCGGCGGGGACAUGUGACCAGCAUGGAAGGCGGGGCCGGUGGCGGAAGGGGCGGAGCCGGGAUGGAAACGCGCAGUGGCUGGCAGUCAUCAUGAUCAUCUCUCGCCAGGUGCCGGUGCUCUUCGAUGAGGUGGCGGUGUAUUUCUCGGAGGAGGAGUGGUGUAGUCUGGAGGAGUGGCAGAAGGAACUCUACAAGGAUGUGAUGAAGGAGAAUUAUCAGACUCUGGUCUUCAUAGGUCAGCCGGAGAUCUUGUCUCGGAUAGAGAGAGGGGAAGAUCCGUGUUUCAGGGCCCAUCAACUCUCUGAGGAGCCCCGGAGGACCGACACCACUGUGCACACAGACUGGACGGAGCGAUCGAUACUGGAAGACGACUUGGAUAUGGAACUACAGAUACACUGCCCAGAGAUGUUGCUGGAGGAGGCGGAGUCACAGCCGCAGUGGGAAAUGCUCGAUAUAUUAAUAUUUCUGGACGAUCUCUUCGAAUUGUAGAAAAUAUUCGUCUUUGUUUUGUGUUUUUUGCUGCUUUUAAUAAACGUUUAUUUUGUAA